AUGAUGAACACAAAUAAAGUUUGUGCUUCUUGCUGCGAAGUCGUUUAUCCUCUGGAAUUGAUAAGAUGUUUUGAUCAGGUAUGGCAUAGAAGAUGCUUCCGUUGUCAGCACUGUGGGAUGGCCUUAAGCAUAUGUAACUAUCAUGGUGGGUAUGAUAAGAAGCCAUAUUGUGCAGCACAUACUCCAAAGCCAACCUCAUUUACAUUCAUUCCGGAUACACCAGAACUAUUGAGAGUAGCUAAUAAUACAAGAAUGUUUAGCAGUGCAAACAGUGUUCGUUCUGGACGAAGCUCUGGAUUUGAUGAACGCUGCUCACCACAAUCAUAUGGACGUAGUACUUCAUACUACAAUAGUUAUACACCACCACCUACUCGAUUUGGAUUAAGCAAUCAUUGCACUUCACCUCAUACUUUUUCAAAUUCGUCAGGCAUAAAUUCUAGAUCACUGUCAAAUAGUGGUGGAUGUCAUCUUAAAAUCGAUCCAAUCAAUCAUCAUCAUCAUUAUGAUCAAGGGCAUACACCACCGGCAAAUCAUAAUGGACUAAGUCGUUCUGGUUCUUGUCAUUCAGUUAUUAUUACUCCUACAGGUCUUCCUCCAGGAACUAACAAUAACACUGCUGGUGGCAAUGUAGGUUCUACAGAAACUAUCAAUAUACCUAGAGGUUCGACGGUUAACCUAAACUUUCAUGGUCAUACACACCAAAAUUCAGGAUUUGGUGGGACUUUUGUAGCACAGUAUGGUUACGAAGCUAGAGAAGACGAUGAAGUGACCUUCAAAUCUGGUGAUAUUAUAGUGAAUGGUGCACCUAUAACCGAAGGUUGGAUAUUGUUUCUAAACUUUCUUUUUGAGACAAAAAAAAAUAAGAAGAAACUAAUAAUCUGAUAAUAAAUAUUCUUCAAUAAAACAUAAGAUUAUGUUAGUUACACAAUGAUUAACAAGGGUGUAAACAAUUAUACCAACAUAUUGAACGGGAACGGAUAUACUUUGUAAUGAAACUAUGGAGCUUAGGAAGUAUAAUGCUUUAACAGUGGUUACAAUGUAAGCAUCUUGACAGAAAUAACAUGUUAAUUAUAUUUCUAUAAUAAUAAAAUAUAUGAUAGCUAAAGUGAAUUAUAAAUUCUUUGUAAACUGAUACAAACAUAUAAAAACAAAAUAUCAUUUUACAUUUUAUUCAUUAGAUUCUUCUACUAACCAGCUUUUUAUAUCAUCAAUAUUUUCAU